UGCAAUCCCCGCACGCUGAGCUUUGAAGCGGCCGCGACGUGGACCUCAACCUUUUAACUACACGCGCGUGCUUUCUCUUCCAUCUGCAUCUUUGCGCUCCGCCAUCGACUAUUCGAGCAACUUUCCGCCAAACGAGAGUCUACCAAACUACCCUGCAGGCAGCCCACCACACAGAAGGCGUCACAGACACAUCAAACGCUCCGGCCAAAGUUCCUGCCUGCAGUUCCACACGCAAUAAGUGCCUACUCACCGUUCGCAGCUAGCAAGCAGUCAUACUCUGCCAUGCCGCGUCUCCUCGUCAAGGUCGGGCCCGACAGGGAGCACAUGGAGGUCUGUCGCUUGAACGACAUGUACCGGCCACACGAGAUCAACUCGGAGCACUUCGUCGGUCGGGUCCUCGUGCGCAUCAUCAACGCGCCCGGUGCAAAUGAGGGGGAAGAAGGCAGAGAGUACUUCCAGGAUCGUAGCCGCAAAUUCAGCAUUCAAAUCGAAGGCAGGUUUAAGAAGCCGUGGAAGGGUAGCGAGGUUUUGUUUGGCAGCGAUUUUGACAAAUGGAUUGCAUUUCCUCGCGCGCCGUUUACAGCCGGCAUGCGAGUCGCGCAGAUGAUUGACCCUUGCACAUUCUACGACGAGCACCCGCCGUCGGGCCGGCCAUACAUUAUGUCCCCGUACUGCGCAUGUAUGAACACGCUCUGCGCAUGGCCUGCUCCUUCGCGAGCGCACGACGCCGUCGUCGUCCUGCGGCACGCUCCCGGUCCACAUACGCAUGUGACCGGCUCGCUGGCCACGCAAGGAGGCGGUGGUGGCAGCGCCUUGCCGCACCACGCCAUUUCUCCCAACAGCGGUGCGCAGGGCAACGGCUCACCGAUGAUGGAUCUCAACGACCAGGAAAAGAAGCCGGACGGGCAAGCGUCGCUUGUCGCAUCACCGCCAGGCUCAGAUAACGAGGGCGAUGGCGAGGAUGAUGGGGAUGUCGUUCCUGUCGAGAGCUUGGAGCGCAAGAAGAAGGGGGCCGAAGCAAAUGGCGAAGAAGUGCCGGCUGCUGUUGAGAAGCCCAAGCGCAGGAGUUGGUUUGGCGGCUUUGGCGGUGGGCCUCCCAAGGAGGAACGGAAACUCAAGAAGUAUUGGAGAUUCGUUGGCUUUAAGCAAGAUCCGCGUGUCAGAGCAUUCCUCGAAGCGCACCAUGCCAGCCUUGACAAGCUUGAUCGCCAGCCGAGCCGCAGCGGGCGCGGGACGCCGCGUCCCGCCUCGUCGGCCCACACUACCGGUGCGCCAUCGACGACGGCCAGCGCCAAUGUCAGUGCACCCGGGAGCACGCGCAUGUCGCCCGCUACAUCCAUGCAAGGUUCUGCGCCAGGGCACGUUGGUGGUGCUGGCAGCGCCAGCGCCGAUGGCAGCAUCACUGCGAGCCCUGUCAUUCCCAGCGGUUACGUCCUCUCCAAUCAGGGCGGCGUCAUCCUUCCCCCCGAGCGCCCCUUUUCGCCAGGCAGUGCCAGUGGGCAGAACAAGGCUGCCGGCACGAUCGCGACGGGCGCCAUCAAUAUGCCCUUGCUGCACCGCCUGGGCACCGGGCUGCGCGACCAGGGCGGAAAGACACCCGAACCGCCCUCGAUCAUCAGCCCCAGCCUCAUGGCGCAGGUCGAGACGGUCAUCCUGCGCGAACCGAGCCCACUGAGGCAGGAACAGCGCCCAAACAGCAUCGUCAACACGACGACGCAGAUCAGCGCCACUCCUGCACUGAUGCAGGCAGCGGCGGUGCUGCCGCCCAGGAGGGGCACAAGCAGCACGGACGGCGUCGAGAGGGUCUCGACAACCACGAACACGAAAGAUAAUGCCAAGGAGGAAAAGCAUCACGCCAACAGCAAGCCGACGCGCAAGAUCAGCUUGCAUAAUCCACUCAAGGUGCUGAAGCCGAAGGCGGCGCUGCAUGCCCUCAAUUUCGGCAAGAAGGAUGACAGCGACGACGAAGAGGAGAUGAGCGCACCACCUGGGAAAAAGAGUCACAGUCGUUCGUCGAGCAUCACCUCUGUGGUCAUUCAGACGCCAGCACCCGCUCCCGCACAAGCACAAGCACAAACACAAGCACAAACACAAGCACCAGUGGCGCAAGAAACCACGCUUGUUGCGGAACCAGCCGCGCCUCUUGUGAAUGCGGCUUACAUGCAACACCAAGAAGCCGAGCCUGCGCUUCAGGAGUUUGUUCACGCAGCGGCUCCCCAGCAGCCACAGCCGCAGCCGGUGGCUGAGCACGAGCCUCAAUGCGAUGUGCCUCUGGGGCCACCUCUACAGCGCAUCACGACAUCCGUACGUCAGGAGAUGGAGAAAUUCGCCCAGGGCGACGGAUUGACGGAGGGAGACUUCAGGCUCGCCGACCGCUUGCGUCAGACCCACUUGACUUCCCCGCCCCCGCCACCUUCCUUCUCUCGCAGUGGCCAUGGUAGAGCUGCGAACAUCAGCAGUGGCAGUGAUCAUGCAGCAGGAAUUGGCGCGAGUGUUGGUGUAGGGGCGACUGCACCCCAGGGCGGCGAGAGCGAUGCUGAAUGGCAUAGCACGCUUGAUGAGGAGCUCGGGCCGUGGCGCUUCAGUGAUCCGGGCACCGACAUGAUCGAGGACAACGCUUUCAUCUUUACGCAUGAGAGCGUCAGCGUACCCAGGCGGCGGAAAUACUUUGCAGACGCCAAGCACCGCGAGGACUUUGUGUACGAUCCAGACGUUGUCUACGGAUCUGCCUUCUUUUCGGACAUGAUGGACUUCAACACAUUUGAUCUGCACAUCGGCCCGGUGCGCAUCAACGUUCAUCGUUUUUUCAAGGACAUGCCCGUACGAUACACCCUCCGUGCCGCAAACGACGAAAGCAUCACCUUCUGCACGAUUUCUUUCGAACUCGUCUGAUUCAAUCUGGACGAUCGAGCAACCAUUUGAACACACACACUGCACAUAUAGAGUCAAGCAGCUCACAUAAUGCCUAGCAUGAGCUCUGCCGCCCUUCAUCUUUUAGU